AAUAAGGUCAAGCUACCUUACCUUACCGUAGGAGGGCGGGGCUAGGUCGAUACGGGACGGUACUUAUCCCUCGUGCCUAGCGCUAACAGAGAGCUCUUGAUCGAGAUCGAUCGUCAUAACUACGCUCGAUCAUAGUCGUGGGAUCGCCUUCGGAUCGAGCUACAAGUCCUUCCCGCGUCUGCAACCCGCCUGUCCUUGUUGCGGUUGCUGUCCGUGGGGGGUUACCUUAGCUUUCGGUUUUUUUUGUUCCCCUGUUUGUGUAUAAUACAAGAGCGUCGCCCGGCCCCCUCUCGGAACUUUCUUGGUUUGACUUACUUCUUAUUUCAAUCAACCGAAAACUUCUCGUCUUCGCAUCAGUGUGGCUUCUCAUUAGGAAACUCAAACUCUAGAGCAUUCAGCUCAAGUCCAAUUACCAAACAUAAAGCACUCAUAAGCAUAUCUGUCAAGGCGCCGACCUCAUAAUAUACAUUGCCCCUUCAACGCACCUCGAGAAUACUCCUGCAUUUCCCAUUCACAUACACCAAUUGUGUUGCCUUGUUAGUUCGACGAUAUCGGUUUGAGAGUAUCUUGAUCCAGAUUUGUCAUAGCAUUCAACAGUCAAAGCUGUCAGCCUAUCAGCUUUCCAUCAUCCUCCAAUCGUUGGGUAAUUGUCAUACAAUUGUCAAAAGUCAAUUGCCUAGCGCCAAUAUGCCUAAAAGAUCUCAUGAUGCCGCGAACAUGGGUGGCUCAACGAAGCCUGCCCCAACCCGAAAGACUGAGCGAUCCCACGAAGAAAACCAAGAGCGAGCGUAUAUUGCUGCCUCAAGGAGAGCGGAUCGAAGUCUCGAAGCCCGUGUUCAGUCGGCUAAGAUGGCCAGUGAAAUCCACAAGAAACGAACUGGCAAGGCCUUCCGAAUCACAGAGGAGAUCGUUAUGAAGGAGGAGAUGUAUGAGGAAGAGGAUGAUGAAUUCCCUCGAUCAUACCGGAUUCUCAGGCAGAGCAUGCAAACCGACAACCCCAUUUUCAAUGCUAGGGUGGACGCAUAUCUCGUUAAUCGUGUGGCCAUGUCACAAAUGAUCUCGGCCACUGAGAGCGACUGGCGCAAUAACGAAAUCAAUAUGGAAUUCGCAAGGAUGUUCCCUCGGGCUGAGCAACAAGCCCAAUCUCUUUCCCACAGGUACUCCACGCCAGGCUACCUAGGGCUUCACACACAAAACAACACCAUCUCGUCCCCCAUGGAGCAACAUAUUGAACCAAACUUCCAGCCUAUCAACUAUGGCCAACCGUGUAGCAAUAGGCAUGGCGGCAAUCGAAGCCUUUCCAUGUCAGGCCCUAUUUCAGAGCCAAGGAACGACACAGCCAUGUCGCCCUCAGCUCUCACACCAGGUUUAGGGUCCCAUCCUGAGACGCCGCAACCUCAUUGCACAGCAUCUUUUGCAAAUGUACAGCCGCCUCACAUGAUGGAAUAUGAUCCAGACAGCUCGGCUUUCACUUCAGCCCUACCGACUGAGGCCAGGCUGUUGAUGGGUGAGGGCAUGAACGAGACCUUCAGCUCUAGCCUUUAUCCUGAACCUCACAACUGGGGGCUUUCCCAAUCUUAUCCUUACAGCGGCGAGUCCAAGUAUGUUAAAGAGGAAGACGCCAGUCUCGGCACCGCUGCCGAGAGUUACCCUGAGCUACCAUGGGAUCGCUUCGACACCGGCACACCCACCAAAACCUUCGGCGACCAAGAGCCUGCAUGGGAAUACUUUCUCAACGAGAAUUGGGGCAAUGACCAGCAGCAGCAACAAUAAACCGAGUUGCCGAUUGGACCCCCCUUCCUUCUACUUCUUCAUUUUAGUUACAUUUUAGUUAUGAUUUUCAUGAUACUCUUAUCAGCGAUACAGUGGCGGUGCUUGCCAGGUCCAAAAGCAGCACUGUACACAUGGCUCGUUUUUGAACACUAUUAUCCGAUAUGCAUGGCGCUCGAGGGAUGGAUUGGAAAUUAAAUGCUUGUGUAUGGCAUGAAAACUGUCGAGGUGGCUCACCUGCAUUUGUUAGAAUUGCAAAAGGCUUGCGCCCUGAGUUUUGCACACUGGUCUGGAAUUGUUCAUUAUCAAUAUGGAAUGUUUGUUGUAUAUAUAUGAACAUAAUUACAGAUGAGGUUUUGUUUAAGCAGACUUGUCCACCGUUUCAUAGUUGAAUUAUCGUUAUAUGUUAUGAUAGUUUGUACGUGUGAUAGUGAUGUCUGUUACUGGGGGUGUUACAUGUGUGAUGUUGAUUUUGAAUGAGCUCCAUCCGGUCUUGGUGGGCGAAGAACAAAUUAUAGCUUCGGUUGGGGAUCAGGAGUGAAGAGACGAAUGAUGCCAUCACCAGCAUCCAAAUCCAUCGAGAGCAUGUGGUGUUAAUCUACCUUGUUGGUGCCUCUAGUCAUGAGAGUCACAACUACGGCAACCGAUUCCAGCAUCCACGUACCUAGUGAGUGAUAUGUUCACGAGAAGUAGUCCAGUUGAAUAGGGAAUGACACCACUGGUACAGCUGAACAAGACCCCGUGCCAAUACUGUUUGACAAGAAUUAAAUAAUGAAAUGCGACUUUGGGUUUAGUAGAAUUCUUUGUUGCCUUUUACCGAAAUAUCAGCGGGGAAAUGGACGAAUGGAUAGUAUUAGAAUUCGGGGGACAAUGCCAUGUGCGCUGAUGAUUGGCUUGACCAAGUUGUGUAUGUACGACCACCGAUAGGAAUCGCAUCAGUUGAAGUGGUUGAGUAGUAUUGAAUCCAUGCGUCGAUCAUUAUGCAGA